AUGAAAACUACAAACGAAAGUCAGUAUAGAAAUUAUGACUCAGACGAAGAAGUAUCUCUUUUGCAACCAAUUCGCACUAAUCCACAAACAUUAGUAAAUCGAUCAAGCACCAAACAAUUCUUAGAAAUUUUGGUAGAACUCGUUGGUGUCUGUGUUGCUGGAUUUAUUAUGUAUUAUAUCUCUACUCUAUUUAGGGAUAAUGAAAAGAAUGGACAAGGUGAUCAGCAACAAAUGGAAUUAUUACCACAGAUUUUUGGAUGGUGUAGCGCUAUGCUUUAUCGUAAGUCUUUUUUUUAA